CACUGUUCCCUGAAAUUCUAUUGACAGUUUUCCUUCUAUGAUAUUGAGAGUUGAUAUUGCACACGUAAUCCAUAUGGUUUAUCGAUGGCCUGUUUUAAAAAGUUAUCCUUUUAAGGAAAGGCAUUACAUAGGAUCAAGUCGUAUGAUUUACAAUAUGAAGCAGAACAAUUUUAACGCUCUCGGUGGGAUUAAUCUGAAGUUGGAUGAUAUCAAGAGUGUGAUCGAGUUCGACCAACUGGGCAAAGGGAAAAUAGUUCUCUAUAGCAGCAGUAAAGAUGAUACCACAGAUCGUUUGAGUAAAGUGUUGAAUGCAUCGAUUCUAGAUGAUAGCGUACCACCUACAUCUGUGCAAAGUUUUCUGGAGGCGAGGCCCAGUCUAACGACUGUUGUUAUAAUCAAUCAUGGAAAAAAAUUUAAAAAUCGAUACUACAACAAUAUCUUGGACGACGGCGAAAAUCUUGGUUUUAAUAGAAAUGAUAGUGACGGGCGAGUCAGCGCCGCAGUCUGCCGAUCUGCCGAUACCGCUGGAAGAUCUCAUCGCAGAAAUGUUAUAUUGCUACAUCCAAAGUGCUAAAUGCACUCGGUUUCAUGCAGCCUCGACAUCCGGUGCUAAAU